AUGCGUAUAUUAAAGAUCUUAUUACUUGGUAACGAAGAGUUUUCUUCAACAAGACGAAGCAUUCAUAAAGUUCUUGCACACAGUAAAAUAAUUGGAUGCAAUGGAUAUAUUAUACUUGUUGCUAACGGUUUGUUAGUUUCUAAAUUUUUGCAAUACACAGAAAGAGAAGAAUUAAUCAACACUCAUGGCUUCUUUUUAUUAUUACACGAUUAUAGACUUUUCAUAUCCGAUUUGCAUUAUAUUUGGAAUAGAAUAAUUAAUGUUAUAUUUGUGCAUCAAUAUAAACCAUACAAAUACCGUUCAGGUGAUACAUCUGCUCGACCUAUAAUUAAUUUAGAAACAGUAUACUUUCCAAGUAAAAAAAAAAAGUUUGUAAUAACGAAGUAUUUAGAUACUUGGCACCAUGGAAAAUUUCGUUAUGGUAAAGAUCACUUUGUACAAAGGAUUUCAGAUCUGAAAGGAAUAACUUUAAGAGUUUCAGUUUUUGAACACAUMCCAGCCGUAACAAAAGAAUCACAAAAUUUUUAUAAAGGCGGUCCAACUUACAGCACUAAAGGAUUGGGUGUUGAAUUUGAAUUAAUUCGAGUUAUAGCCCAAUUUAUGAACUUUAAAGCACAGUAUUACAUGCCUUACAACAUAGCCGAUGACAGGUGGGGAGCUUUAGAGAAAAAUGGAACGUAUACUGGUCUUAUAGGAGAAGCAAUAGCAAGAAAAGCUACAUUUUAUAUUGGAGAUCUCCAUUAUACUUCCUAUCUUUUAAAAUUCUUUGAGCUAUCUAUUCCUUAUAACACGGAAUGUCUUACUUUCUUAACUCCCGAAUCUUUAACAGAUAAUUCAUGGAAACUUUUAAUUCUUCCUUUCAAACUCUACACAUGGAUUGCAGUUCUUUUUACUCUUUUACUAGCAGGAGGAAUUAUUCAUCUUUUUUCGUUAUCUUAUCAGAAACACAUAAUUCUCUAUAAGGAUGCUAAACAACAAUUAGUUAAAACUAACAAGCUUAAUGAAAUAGAAAAAUCAAGGAUUAAACAUAUGACGAAGGGUAUUUAUUUGUUUACUAAAGCACAGAAUAGCAUGUUAUAUACAUACAGUAUGCUACUUUUGGUAUCAUUACCUCGAUUGCCAAAUUCUUGGGCUUUGAGAGUCCUUAUAGGAUGGUGGUGGAUUUACAGUAUCUUGGUUGUCGUAGUCUAUCGUGCCAGUAUGACAGCGACUCUUGCUAAUCCUGUGGCUAAAAUCACUAUCGAUACAUUGGAUCAAUUAGCUAGAAGUUCCAUUUCCAUUGGCGGAUGGAGUGAAGAAAGUAAAGAAUUCUUUUUACAAUCCUCAGACUCAGAUAGUCAAAAGAUUGGUAAUAAAUUUCAAUUGAUAAAAGAUGAAAAGGAAUCUAUAGAAAAAGUAGCAAAUGGAUCUUUCGGUUACUACGAAAAUGAAUUUUUCUUGAGAUUCAUUCAUACAGAAAAAUAUACGUUGGAAAAAAAGCAAGAAGAAAAUAAUACACCAAAUAAUAGAACGUCAGACAUGAAACAUAAUUUGCAUAUUAUGAAAACCUGUAUAAUUAAUAUGCCAAUCUCUCUUGGAAUGGAUAAAAAUUCUCCGUUAAAGCCAUAUGUUGAUUUAUGGGUUAGACGUAUGAUGGAAGUUGGUUUAGUAAAUAAAUGGUUAAGUGAUGUAAUUUAUCCAUUGCGACUUACCGAAAAACAACAAGAGAAAAUUUCUGCGAAAGCAUUGGUUAAUCUUCACAAGCUUUAUGGUGCUCUCGUUGCUUUAAGUAUAGGUUAUUUUUUUAGCUUAAUAACAUUACUAUGUGAAAUUUUACAUUGGAAAUAUAUCGUUUUAAACAAUCCUAAAUAUGAUAAAUAUUACUUAGAUAAAUUUUAUGCUUAAGUAUGAACACGUUUAUUAAA